AUAGGGUGAGAUCGUUUACAGGUGAUCAUGCUGUGUGCAUAAGCGGGAACCUAACAGUGCUCAGGCUGUGUGUAUAAGGGGUGACAGGCUGCUGUGUUAUUACAGGAUGCAGACAGUGCACGAGCUGAACUUUGUUCCUGAUUCAUUUUAGCAACGGUGCUGGGGGAAGAUCAGCUCCGGGGGAUUUGGCCGCUUUUCUAUCUGCUCUAUUUUUUUUUUCUUUCCAUCCUGAAGGUUUAGGGAAGAAAGCAGUGGGAGGGACGCAGGCAAUAGCUAAGCUGUGUCAGUUUUGCAUCCAGAGACCCGCCUAAUUAUUUAUUUAUAUUGCACAGUGCCUGGAUUUGCUUGUGUAGGAAACAGAGUGGGUGCCUGGGUCGGCCUGCUGAGCUGCUGUAGGAUUUGGCCUGGUGUAAACUGCAGAAGCUGAUAUGAGCCUGCAGAGGAUCAGGGCAAGCUCUGUGCGUCUGGCCCGUGGCUUACAAAGCAUACGAACCCCGUGUAGUCGCUCUAUUGUGGACAUGUCCUAUUCCCACCACUUUGUGGACUUUCAUGGCUCCAAGAUACCCAGCAACAUGAAAAAGCUGGUGGUCACCAAGAUCAGUCCAAACUUCAGAGAGGCUGUCACCUUGAUCUCCAACGCCCCGGUGCCCGUGCCAGGGGAUGGCGAUCUCCUCAUCAGGAACCGAUUUGUUGGAGUUAAUGCAUCCGAUGUCAAUUUCACCUCUGGUCGGUAUGAUACCACAAUAACACCUCCAUUUGAUGUUGGAUUUGAAGGCACUGGAGAAGUUGUAGCGAUGGGUCUCAGUGCUAGUAAAACCUACACCAUUGGCCAACCGGUAGCGUAUGUCGCAACUGGUUCAUUUGCAGAGUACAUAGUUGUACCAGCUAAUGUGGCCAUGCCAGUGCCUUCAAUUAAACCGGAUUACUUGACUUUGCUUAUUAGUGGUACAACAGCGUACAUAAGCUUAAAGGAACUUGGAAAUCUAUCUGAAGGAAAAAAAGUUUUGGUAACUGCAGCAGCUGGUGGAACAGGCCAAUUCGCUGUGCAACUUGCAAAAAAAGCCAAAUGCUAUGUGAUUGGAACAUGCUCUUCUGAUGAGAAAGCAGGAUUCUUAAAAUCAAUUGGUUGUGACCUUCCAAUUAACUAUAAAAAAGAAAAUGUGUUUUCUAUUCUAAAGAAGGAGUUUCCAGAAGGUGUAGAUGUUGUAUAUGAGUCAGUUGGGGGUAGUAUGUUUGAUAACUCAGUCCGCUCUUUGGCACCCAACGGCCAUCUUAUUAUUAUCGGUUUUAUUUCUGGUUAUCAAUCAUCUGGAGGCAUUUUGCCUAUUAAUGCUUCAGCUUUACCUGUUUACCUGUUAAAAAAGAAUGCCAGUAUCCAUGGGUUUUUUUUGCCUGAAAACAUGGCUGGAUAUAAAGAAGCAAUCGUAUCACUAGUGAAACUCCAGACGAGUGGAGAUUUGAUUUGUGAAGUUGACUAUGGAGAUCUGUCCCCUGAAGGCAGGUUUACUGGUUUGGAAUCUGUAUUCCGUGCAGUAGAUUACAUGUACAUGGGAAAAAACAUAGGAAAAAUUGUAGUGGAGUUACCUCAUCCUGUCAACAGCAAGCUGUAAAAACAGAAUAGUGACAAGUGAAAAUGGGGAGGUUCUUCCUGUAAAUUGAUGCUUCAAAUGCAGAGGUUAAUUAAAUUGUUAUUAAGAUUUGGUAACAUUAUAUUUGUAAACAAAUAAAUAGUUUAUUAAUCUAAAA